AUGCCAGAUUUCGACCAGGGCCACGAUGACUUCAAGGAGCUUCGAAGGCGGGAUCCCCUGCGGAUGGAGGGACUCGACGUGUUUUCCAAUAUCCUGUACGUGAAAGAGUGCAAGGCAGAGCUGUCCUUCCUCGCCCACACCACCAACAAAAGCGCGCCGCUACGUCCAGAGACGAACUGCAUCAUAGGGAACUACUACAGUCUCAAGGGGCAACACGAGAAGGCGGUGACGUAUUUCCUCAAGGCUCUCCGACUGGACCGACGAUGCCUUUCGGCCUGGACGCUCAUGGGGCACGAGUUCAUAGAGCUCAAGAACUCUGGGGCUGCCGUCGAAUCCUACCGUCAGGCCGUAGGGCGGUUGUUGUUGCUGCUCUAA